AUGAAGAUGAAACACGGUGCCGUAGAGGUUCUCGACCCGAGUCUGCAACAGUUCCGUGACUUUGUCUACAAUAGUCAGACGAAUCCCAAAAAGCAAGGGAAGAACAAAGCCGCUCCUGCAAGGAAAUUGAUUUACGAAGUUGGCCGUGUAGAUGCGACCAUCACGUUCUUCGUUACCGAAGAUCGAGGUGACAACUUGUACCAACUGAGCCACAAGGAGAUCAAAAUUGCCAAACAAGUUAUUGCGGAGACCUUCCGUCCAACUCACUCCAUCGAUGGACAUGCUGGCACUAUUUUCAAUUCCGGAGGUUACCGCUUGGAUUUGCAAAGCUACGUCAAAAAUUGCGGAACGAAGUGGGCCAAUGUCCAGCUUCAAUAUGGCGUGCGUCGACCGGGAUCUUCUAAUACCUUUGCACAGUUUAGAGCAUAGAGUCACCGUGUGGGUCCGUACGGUUCCAGCCUCUGCUGACGAACUUAAAGGACCUUUAGUUCGAGACGAUUUUCUGAAAAAGUAAUUUGGCAAUUUGUAACUAUUUUAAAAAUUUAUGACUUAUCUUAUCUCAAUGUUAAAUGUACAUAUUUAUUGAAAAUGUUUCACCUUUGGGCAGUUCACUCGAGCAUCAAAAUUUAUUGUCCAUACUGAUGUAUAUAUAUCAGAGACUAUAUCCUUGUAAAUAAUAUUGUAAAUAUGCAUCAUCCACUCAACAUUUGCAAAACUUUUUCGCUUUUUCUUUUGUUGUAAAUAAAUUUUAAAAAAUUA